UGAGGCUAAUGGGUGAGUGGCACUUUCCAGCUCCAUUCUGGUCAGUCCUGUGGACCUGCUGUUAAUCACACCAAGGUGACGGGCUGCUUUGAAGAUCCCUUUGGUAUCAGGGUGGGAAAGGCUGCUCUGUAAGGAUCUUCUACUGAUCGAUUACUGCUGCAUUAAUGAAUGCUGUAAAUACAGCUUCAACAGAAUUAAAUGACGAAAGGUGCUCCAGGGGAGUGAUUAUGAAGAAAAAAUUGUCACCGAGCCACAGGAGGAGAUAUUGAGGCAGGUGACUGAGACCAAAGAGAAGUGGAGGGGUUUAGCAAAGAAACCCCAAAGUUUAACACUCAGGUGUUGAAGAUAUAUGUUGGCAAAAGGAACAAAGCGGAAAUUUAGUGAACAUGAAGAUGGGCUGGAAGGCAAAGUGUCCUGUGGGCAUGGUCCUUCCAAGGUAUCAUACACCUUACAGCGCCAGUCUAUCUUCAACAUUUCCCUCAUGAAACUUUAUCAGCAGCAGCCAUUAAUGGAGCCCAGCCUGCAGAAGACGGUAUUAAUUAACAAUAUGCUGAAACGCAUUCAGGAAGAACUGAAACGGGAAGGGAACUUACGACCUGUGUUCAUUGCCCCCUCUCAGUCCAGUGACACACUCAAUGAUAAUUACAGAGAGGUCCAACCUGCCUUCAAUCAUUUUCCUUCCCCUCCAGUCCAGGUGACUAGCAGCACCCCUCCAGACCUGUGCCUGACACCAGCCUCUGUCCUGGAGGAAGAUCCCUUCAAUAGCUGUCAGAGUGUUACACUCGGUCCCAGUAAGCCACAGAACCAUUCACGCAAGGACAGUUUCGCAUCAGCCUUGGAUGAAAUUGAAGAGCUAUGCCCAUCCUCGACUACCACAGACUCGAAAGUCAGCAGAGGGCAUUUAAGUGAAGGGGGUAGUGAGAAACCUGCAGAGAUACAAGAGAACAGAGCAUCCGAGUCCAGGCUCACAGACCCUUUACCAGGCAACUUUGAGAUUACCACCACGAGCUUUCUAACUGACCUGACACUCGAUGACAUUCUAUUUGCAGACAUUGACACCUCGAUGUAUGACUUUGAUCCCUGUGCGAGUGCCACAGGGCCAACAUCCAAAAUGACUGCGGUCACAGCAGAUGACAUUCUGAAAACAUUAUCUCCUUACAGUAGCCAGUCAGUGACUCCAAGUCAACCUUUCAAAAUGGACCUUGCAGAGCUGGACCACAUCAUGGAGGUUCUCGUCGGGUCUUGAUGCGGCAGAAACACCAAGGACUAGGAUUUUAUAGGCUGUUUGCAGACAACAUUCAAUUAAUUAUUGUUUUAAAAUGUGACGGAAUCACUGCAAAUUCUGUACAUGCCUCUAUAAAAUAACAAUUACACUAGAUAUGGUUUUUGUAGAGUUGAGAAUGUUUUCAUCUGUGUGUCCUUUAGUAUGGUUUUAAAUGUUUUAUUAAUCAUUGCUUUGUUAAUCUGAUGACCUGCUGUCGAUGAGCGUUGGGAUCAGAGAGCAGGUCUGAUGUGUUGUGCAUCGUACACACGAAGCCUAAGGGUCACAUCAUAAACAUGGCAAGUCAGUAAGUCAGACUGUGAAGGUCUCAAUAUUUUUCCAGUUGUCUUUUAGUUCAGGCAUUAAUUUUGUUAUUAGCUGACUGUGGCUCUUUGUUUGUAUUUUAGUUUUUGUACAGGAUUGGCAGUUGAUUGUAUCUUUUUCUGAAAUACCUUUUGAUACACCCGGACGUAGCUAUUUUGCUAGGAAAUGCUCUCACCAAACCCCGCGAAGAUGAGGUGAACAAGGGUCACUUCUACUUUUUAUACACAAUGUUCAUGUAGCAGGUGCAAGAGGAAUACUAAGAGCGUCUAAGAUGAUAAGCAUGCUAUUAAUGAAAAGAUUUGGGGUCAAGAAAAUGUAUUUUAACUGUAUUUUAAAGAACAGAACUUGUCAGGAAUAAUUGUCGCUUUCCCAGCAUGUUUGACUGAACCCUAAACGCAUCACUUCCAGCAUUACCUGUCCAUUCCUGCGAGAUGGUUCAUUAUCAUCAUCUGGUUCAAAGUUGAUGAGCUGCACCUAUCGGCUCUGACUUUGCUGGAUCCCGACCUGUCAGGUUUGUUAACACAGUGUCGGGUUUUUAUGUUUCUUGUCCUGGAAGUUUCUGGAAGCAGUGGGAAGAGCGUGGUGAUUGGCUGGACCAACAGUCUGUUUCCUUAACUGAUGAGGUGAAAGGAUUGGGAGAAAUGAAUAGAGAGGGAUGAAGAAGGGGGUGAAUGAAAGUGAGUGAUUUACUGUCAAACUAGAUACACAAAGGGAAGUUAAGGAAGGGAAUGAAAGAUUAAUAUGACUGGGAGAAAAGUGAAACCAGAAAAUAUUCACUUUUUAGACAUUUUUAAAAUCAUUUCCAAACUUGUUCACUUUCUGGGUAGACAGGUUGAUUUGAAGUCUUUAAGCAAUCAUUGGUGUUGGCCAGUAGGUAAUUACAUUGAUAAUUACUAGACUCCAGUUCCUGCAUAUUAAAGGAACCAUUAGUGCUUAAAUAUAAUCACUUCAUGAAAAUCACACAGGUCAAAAGCAAAAUGUUGUUUCCAUGAAAGAAAUGGAAUGGUACAAAGCUUCUGGCAACUUGGGUUUUAUGUGAAAUCUCCUCCUUGCUGUGAGCUGAUGACAUUCACACACUCUUUGUUAUUUAGUCAGUAAAAUCUGAGUGCCUCUUGCAUUUUUCUCCAGCUAUUCCCAAUCAUUUCCUUAAUCUAUUGAUUCGGGAGUAGGAGCUCCUCACACUGCAGCACCCUGUUUGUACCUUAGAGACAUUCAACAAGAAACCUAUGCAGUUGGGUGAAAUGAAUAAUAUAGAUGUCUUGCAUUUUCUGAAAAUCUAAGGGCAAUAACCUGGUGCUAUGUUGACCAUUUU